AUGGAAGAAAGAGACAAUGAUGAAGAAGGAAGCAGAAAAGCAGUUGGAAUCAGAGUCCAAACCUUUCGAUUCUUGAGAUUGAACUACUGCAUCUGCGAAGAAGAACGAAUCUAUGAUGUAGAUGGUUGGCUUGCUGCAUGGAAGCAAGUUGGUACUCUAGAAAAUGAGUUGAGAGUCCUACAUACAUUUCUAUUUACAUCAAAUGGGGAAGGUCCCAAUGUGAUUGCUAUUUCAUCUGUUGCUAUUGGUUCUAUUUCGUUGAUCAUUGGGGAGUUAGGUCGAAGGCGCAGCCGAGUGAGUUUGUUGAAAGUUUACAUUGUUGCAUCAUCUAUUGGAAUACUUCUCUCCAUUGCUUGUGUUGCUAUAGGAAAUUUAACAUUAGAGGUUUUCCAAAAUCCAAGUAACUGGGAAACAAAGAAGUUCGAACUUCUCGAGGCCACCCGCACUGCAAUUGGUGAGUAUCUGUGCUUUCUUGAUGUGAUGCUACUACAACCAAAGUUGGGUAAAGAGUAA